AUGGCAAAAAUCAACUGUUUGUCCCGGGCCGCGCCCAUCUUCGUGGUGCUAGCCUUCUUGGCUCUGACAACCACCUGUGUGUUGAGCUUGAAUGUUGACGAAGCGGAUGCGGCCCUCGAUGAGACUGGAGCCCCAAGCUUCACUCAGGAAGACGCGGAUGCUCUUGCUGACAAUCUCGACGAACAAGACGAAAACGACUCCGCUGCGGAUCGUGAAGAUUUUGAUGCAAAUGAAGAGAAUGAUUCCGAUGCUGCUAUCAGCGAGUCAGACGACAUGUCUUUCCUUGAGGACGGAGACCAAGCUGAUAUGGACGAGGAGGAUUUCGACUUUGAUGGAAUGAAUGAGGAGCAAGCGCAGGAAGUCGCAAACACCCUCUCGGGCGAGGAACGGCAAGCAUUCCUUGACUUGUGGGAAGAGCACAAGGCCAACAACACCGGCGAAAACGUGGAUCCAGAAGGUGCUUUCGCCGAACUGUAA